UUUUUCAAUUUUAUAUAGAAAGCUUUGUAACCGAUAGAAAAAUAUUUAAACAGACUAUGGUUAACCAAUUGACGUACUUUCAUAGUUUGAUUGAAAAAUAGUUAUCGAAAAAGUGAAUUAAAUACCAAUAAACUACUGCAAUGCAAAGUGAAAUAAAUUUUUAAACAAUUUAAAUACUAAAAUAGCUCCACUGGACCCACUAUAGCACUAUAGCUUAAAUGAUUAUGCAUGGUACCUGGUACAAGGGACCUCAGUUGGCGCAUCAUCCUCACACGCAUCCGCACGGCAGCAGUCACAGUGACUACCAUCAGUUCCGCUCGUAUCCCUCGUUUGUAGUGACCCCCUACCAUGAUGGUCUUGUCCAGGGCCCGGCCACGCCCACUCCCUGUCCGGCCCCUGCCUCUGUACCAACGCCAACGUCCUGCAACGGUCCGGUUCCAGUCUCGCUCUGUCCAAGUGGCGGCGAGGGAUCGCCAAUAAUCGUUGAAGGCACUUUUGCCGCUGCAGCCGCCGCCGCUGCUGCAGCCGCUGCUGCUGCUGCCGCUUCCGUCGCCUCCGUUGGAGGACCAGGCGCCACGCCCUUGCUGUCCAGUCCGCCCAUUAAGAUCGAGCAGGUCUUUGGCGAGCCGUCUGCCCUGGGAUCCGUUGUCGAGGACUACUCCUUAAGCCUUGACUGUUCGGUGGAGCACACAUUUCGGAAGCCCCACAACAACAGCAACAAUAAUAACAACAGUUACUCCUGGUCCGCCAGCAGCAACAACACCAACGACAACGGUCAGCAAAGUGAGGUCGGGGGUAAUAACAACAACAACAACAAUCAUUCGACGACAUCACCCACUCCGACCAUCGAGGGCAGCGCCACCCAAGCGACUUCAGUGUCCGCAAUUAAUUUGAAUCAAACCCAACCCGCAUCACAGACGCGUCCAAACUUUGGCAGCUCCAUAAAGUCACCACCGUCCGAGCAGGACGCGGUCACAGCCACCUCGUGCAAAAGUCAGGAGAGCAGCUCCUGUCCGAAUCCCCAUACGAGCGCCCACCACACCACCACCGACGCCAAUCAAGACCCCAAUUCCAGCUCGUCAGCCGCCGGUGUGGCCGCUGCUGCCGCCGCUGCUGCUUCUGCCGCUGCUGUCUCUGCCACAGCCACUAGCAACAUGCCGAUCGGCGGUGUCCAGGGCCAGAAUCCCACUCAGGGACUGGUGCACUGGAUGAGCGCUGUGAUGGCCGAGCACAUGACCGGUCAGACGCACCACGAUCCCAGUGCCGCGGUGGGAAUGCACUAUAUGUGGAACGGCAACGUUGAUCAUGCCAAAGACAUUGGCGAUUACAAUCUUUGGCCGCCAACGCCGCGCAGUCAUCAACAUGCCAGCGAACAUCAUCCCAUGUCCCUGAAACAGGAGUACGAGGCCAAAAUGAACGAUCACCACCACAGCAAUCUUCAGAAAGGUCACUUUCUGGAUGACAAUCGGCUGGAGCAUCAUGCGGUCUCGGGACAAGGUGGCCUGGGAGGACUGGGCGGAGCUGCCAAUGGAGGAGGUGGUGGGGCGUCUUCUGGCGCUGGGAAUCCCAGUCUUGGCGCCACAUCACACCAUGCCGCCGCCGCUGCCCAUCAUCACAGCUCGGCAGUGGCAGCUGCCUCCGCUGCAGCCCUGUUGGUUGUGCCCCAGCCGAUCAACGCCAGCAAAAUGGGCGGACCCGGCGGAGUCGCUUCCGUAGCCGGCGGACAUGCCACUGGCGGUGGCAGUGGACGCAAGUAUCAGUGCAAAAUGUGCCCCCAGAUCUUUAGUUCAAAGGCCGAUCUCCAGCUUCACACCCAGAUCCACAUGCGGGAGGCUAAGCCGUACAAGUGCACCCAGUGCUCCAAGGCUUUUGCCAACUCCUCAUAUCUAUCGCAGCACACGCGCAUUCACCUGGGAAUCAAACCGUACCGUUGCGAGAUCUGCCAGAGGAAGUUCACGCAGCUCUCGCACCUGCAGCAGCACAUCCGAACGCACACGGGGGACAAGCCGUACAAAUGUCGUCACCCCGGCUGUCAGAAGGCCUUCUCGCAGCUCUCGAACCUGCAGUCGCACUCGCGCUGCCACCAGACGGACAAGCCCUUUAAGUGCAACUCCUGCUACAAAUGUUUCUCGGACGAGCCCUCGCUGCUAGAGCACAUCCCGAAGCACAAGGAGUCCAAGCACCUGAAGACGCACAUCUGCCAGUACUGUGGCAAGUCCUACACCCAGGAGACCUACCUGACCAAGCACAUGCAGAAGCACGCGGAGCGCACGGACAAGCGGCCGCCGAUCGCGCCGGGUAGUGCAGCUGCUAUUGCAGCAGCAGCCGCUGCUUCAGCAGCGGCAUCUGGCUCUGCCACCGGCGGCUCUGGUAAUCCGCCACCUCCCGCCAACCCCGCCCAGCACCAGCGCAAUAGCCUGGGCCUGCCACCAGUCUCCAUUGCGCCCAGUGACAAUGGCUAUUGGCCAAAGGUGAGUCCCGAUUCGGCUGCCGCAGCCAAUGCCAUGGAGGUGAUGCACCAGCAGCAGCAACAGCAACAGCAGCAGCAACAACAGCAGCAGCAGCAACCCCACCAUCACCAUCCGCAGCAUGGUGUACCCCCCCAGCAGCAUGUCCCGCCCCAACAGCAGCAGCAACAGCAACAACAACAGCAACACCACCAUCCGCAGCAGCAGCCCCCACCUCAGCACGGCAUGGAGGCCCACUAUGCCCAGCCAUCGGCGCCCAACAGCGCGCAGAGCAAUGGACAUGGACCGGAGCUACAGUCCCACCACAGGAUGCCUGAUCCGGUUCGAGAGGAUAUAGUUUCGACACCAAGCACUGUGGGUCCCUACGACGCCGCAUCCAUAACAAAAACUAGCAGCAACUCGGCCUUCACACCGAUCAACUCCAUGCCGCCGCACUUGAACUCGCUGAGCCACCACCCGAUGGCACAGCGUCCUUAUCUCUACGAUGCCAUCAGCUUUCCGAACAAGAACGUGAACCAGAACAACGCCAAUGCUUUUCCCAACCAGCUGAUCUCGCUCCACCAGAUCCGGAACUACGCCCACCAGCCGGCGGGUCUGAUGGCGGGGGAGCACCUGUUGGGCGUCAGUGUGGGUCCCGGGAAGGACAAAGGAUAGCUAGGGUCCUACUUCUAAGUUGUCGGUCAACUUGUUAUUUAUCCAAGCGGAGUCGAGGCGUGCAUCCUGUACAGUAUUACUUUUGUAGUUAGUCGUAGCCCCCGAGGGGGGGCAGUGGGUAUUUUUGUAGGUCUCGUUUCGGUUUAGUUAAUGAGUUCCAUCGCACUCAAUAAGCAAACUGUAAAUGGCUAACGAUACGUAUUCUAUUUUGACCAACACCGUCCAUGCUUAUGUUAAUGCUAGCUCCUGGAAACAGAAUUUCAGUAGUGUUUGUGACAAGGAUUGCUUGACAAGUAAUCCUCAAUUAUCCUGAACCUCUAUUCGGUCUAUUGCAUAGUGUAAAUACUUAUAAUUAAAAUGUAUUUAUUUUCGGUGCACAAACGGAUCUCGCAGUCGUGAAGCAAUAGCAAAGUUCAAAAGAGCUGCAAACUUAAAAAUUUAUAUCUGUACAUAGGUAUAUAUACAUCAACCUAAAAUAACUAACCGGAAAACGUAAUUUACACUCAAUUUUCCACAUUUAUAGUUGUUUAAAUGUAUCGUAUUAAAUACAGACACUUCUGUAAGAAGCAUAAAUGUUAGAAGAAACUAUGCGACGGAAAACAAAACUAUUUUGAAAAAAAAAAUUUCUUAAUGUUAGCAGUUGGUAAACAGAACGAUGAUAAAUGAACAAACAAAGCCGCGAUCAGAGAUGGUGUAUUACUUUUUGGAAAGACUGAAGUGAUUCAAAAUUAACGAAAAAUAAAACACUAUACGAGCAAGAUAUAAAAAUGAUUAAAAUUUAACAUUUUAAAGAACGUUUUUAUCGCAGUUACUAAGCAAACUGAAUGUGUCCUAUAAAAUUUCGUACUAAACGGCAGAAACUAAACCUAAACGUAAAUUCCAGUAUAACAACAUCAAAUGUAAUGUAUUAUUAAAUAAAGUAAUUUUAAUUUAAAUUUAAAUUUAAAUCUAAAAUAAAAUUAAAGUAAUCCAUAGAUAGUGUUUAACUCCAGAAUGCAAUCUCUAUGUAAAGACAAAACCGAACAAACAAAAUACCUACAGUUAAGUAAAGUAUAUAGCAAAAUGAACACUGAACUAGACACACAACACACACCACCCACACAUGCAUUAAAUAGAAACAAUUGGGGUAUUCUGAUAAUCGAGCUA